ACAACUUUUUUAAUAACAUAUAACAACAAAUAUGUUUUCUUUAUGACAUGCUCUGUUUUUUAUGAUUUUUUUAUUUAAGUUCCCACAUUUUGCAAUUCAGUGAUUUUUCGCAAUAUUGUUUUUCUUCCCUUUCCGUUUUUUUUUGUUUUUUAUUUUCAGUGUCUGGGUUAUGGCAGCCAUAGCUGUUGUUGGCAAUCUAUUGGUUCUACUGGGUCGUUAUUUUUAUAAAACACGCAGCAAUGUUGAACAUUCUCUGUAUCUUCGCCACUUGGCUGCCAGUGAUUUUCUAAUGGGCAUUUAUCUGGCGAUUAUUGCUUGUGCUGAUAUAAGUUUUCGUGGCGAGUAUAUUGUACAUGAGGAGCUGUGGCGCCACAGUGGCAUGUGUGCAUUUUCAGGAUUCUUAAGUACGUUUAGUUGCCAAUCGUCUACUCUCCUGCUGACGUUGGUUACUUGGGAUCGUUUGAUGUCAGUGAUGAGACCUUUACAUGCUCGGGAUACAGCUAGAAAAAGAAUUGUUGUACGUCUUCUGAUACUAUGGAGCAUAUCGUUUGCCUUGGCUGCUGCUCCUCUUUUCCCUACACAAUAUUUUGGCUCCCACUUCUAUGGCACAAAUGGUGUUUGCUUAUCCCUGCAUAUACAUGAUCCCUAUGCAAAGGGUUGGGAGUAUUCUGCAGUGUUAUUUAUUUGUAUAAAUACCUUUUCUUUAGUUUUCAUUUUAACUUCUUAUGUGAGGAUGCUGCAGGCUAUCAAAGAUUCGGGUGGUGGCAUGCGUAGCACAAUAAGUGGUCGUGAAAGUGUUGUGGCAACGAGGUAA